AGGACGACUAUGAGAUGGGGUUACAUCAGGCCGCAAGCAAAGUCCGGAGAAUAGGAAUAUUGGGACAGGGACACACAAAUGUGGAUUUCUGAGGAGGAAUAGAGGGAACAAAUAGGAAGAAGAGGUCGAAGAAAAUGAGGAAAGCAGAGGUUUGGAUUUGAAUUUGAGGAAGAUGGCGAUAAAAAUGGAGAUAGGGUGUUGAAGAAGACUGGUGUCAAGUGCAAACAGAGUGAGCUGUGCGCCAGACCGAAUUCUGGAGGUGAAAUGGAAGUGAAUGAGGGCGAGUUAAGUGAGGUGGAAAUUGUGUUGAACUCGAAACCUGAGCCUGGCAUCAAUGGACAUGAUAAAGAAGAAUCUGGUCCAGUAGGAGUGACAUUUUUGUAGAAAGGGGAUCCUUGCUUUUUAGCGGAUCCAUUUUUGGUUUCAGGGUGGAUGAAAAAGGAGGUGGGUGCAUUUGAAUCAGUGAAGGUAACCUGUAGUGAACUUGUGAUAUUUGUUUGUAUUUACUAUGACCAGAGGGAGUGGACGCUCUAUGUCACACUACUUGGGUUAAGAUCUGCACCAUUGAAAGGAAUGAUUUAGUGUUAAGUGUAAAGGUGAAGUUGAAGAUUCCUGGUGUUUGUGAUGCCUGCUGUUUGGUGCAACCCAGACCCGGUGGGGAGUGCUGUGAAACAGUCAGUCAGCCCUUUUGAGUUUUGCUUCAGGGUUUACCUGACAAAGUCAAGUCAGGAUAUAUCAGUUAUCCUGUUAGAGCUAUUGUGCCGGAUCCACUGCGCUGUUUCAGGUGCAACGUGUACGGUCAUGUAGCAGCAGUUUGUAGGAGGGAGAUUCCAAGAUGUGGGAAGUGUGCAGGAGGGCAUGGGAUAUAAAGGAUUGUGUAGUUUCCGUGGAUAAAGUUGUGUCAACUGUAGGAGUGCCCAUGUUGCUGGGGAUCGGAAGUGUCCGGGAGGAGAGAGGCAGGUUGAGGUGGCUAGAGUCAGAGUAGUGCAGGUGUUGUAUGCUGAGGCAGUGAAAAAAGUAAAGGAUGGGUGAGGGAUCCUGUUAGGAUCCCUGUGAGUAGUAGAUCUGUGCCAGCACAGAGGGAUAGGCCAACCAGUGAUAUAUGCUUCUGUAAGGUUGGUUUCUUAGCUUUCAUAGCAAUGGUUAUCAAGCUUUCAUAGCAAUGGUUAUUAACUAACUCAGAAAUUGAACAUUAAUCACAGAAAAUAGAUGUUGUGGUGGCAGCUACAGAAAAGUAUUUGGAUAUACAAGAUUUGACUUCAGAAGAGUUACAGGGUGUGUUGAGUGGUGGUGUCCCGUCCUCCCAGGCCUUUGGCAUGGUGCAGGAGCAGAUAGGGUCAAAGUAGCUGAAUGGGGUAGUGGGUUUUUAAUGAGUGUAGGGUUAGUUGGAAGGGUGUUUUAUUUAUAUAUAUAUAUGUGUGUGUGUAUAUGUAUGUGUGUGUAUUAUAUAUAUAUAUAUAAGUAUUAAAGUAUAGCCUAAUGGAUUUAUAUUGUAGUCCAGUUGAGGGCGGUAAUGCAACAUAUUGGAUGCCAACCGCCAAAGUGUAAAGUCUACAAAACGUAGUCCACUCUGUUCAUUCACAUUUUGGGAACAGAAAAUUCAAUUGAGAUCAAAUGUUUAAUCGAUGAGAAUUUGCAGAAUGUCGGCCAAAACCCAUCUCGUUUCAUCUUCUCUCGUUUCCUUUCACUACCAUAUUUGGUAAUGACUGGAAACGCAAAGCGGAUGCUUCACAUUUAUACAUCCGGUGAAGUAUCCGUUUCAUUGUUCUAUCUGUAGCACUGAUCGCAACGUUGUACGGAUUUUUUGGUUUACGCUACCGCGAAACGCAGAGUUGCUGAUGAAUUGGUUUGGAUUUGGCUUCAACGGCUUUGGGCAAAUACGAGCAAAUGAAAAAUGUACUGAUGCGGAAAGUGCCGGAGAUGCCAACGUGACAUAUCCAAUCUCUAUUGAUAUUGUUUGUCGGAAUUUGGAAGAGGAGCCUGUCCAAAUCUGUCAACAUAAUAGCAAUGUUGAUACGCAGAUCAGGACGAGUUGGAGUCGAAGAGCAGCUCUGCAUUCAAAUAGUGAUGGAGGGCUGUGUCUGGCAGGUUUUGGAGUAGGAACCCCCAGUCAGAGAGGUUGUGGCGGCUGUGUAGAGGAAAGCCGAGGGUGCCAGGAUGCACAUAUCAGCGAGGGAUAUCUGGCCCUGUCUUUCACAGACAGAGUAGAGUGCUGGAACUCUGAACGAAAUGAGAAGAAACCAGUGUGGAGUAUGGGGAUUUCAGAUAAUACUGGGCCCUCACUAGCAUUCCCAUUAGUUCCAGGAGGGUACAUAGCUUCCAACCCUCCCUUUUACCGCCCACUUUCCCCACAACUACUGGCUGUUAGCCUGGCACUAGGCACAGAGCACGCAGUCCUCCUCACUGCCUCUGGAGACAUCUACACCUGGGGCUCAGGCAGCCAUGGGCAGCUAGGACAUGGGGACCUGAGCCCGCAGGAGGAGCCCAGAGCAAUGGAGGCACUAAUGGGUAUGCCCAUGAGCACUGUGGCCGCCGGGGGUUGGCACUCUGUCUGCACCAGUGCUGGGGGAGACCUGUACGUGUGGGGCUGGAAUGAGAGUGGCCAGGUGGGACUGCCAUCACGAGCGCUAAGAGGAGAGCAGCAGAAGAGCCAGGACACAGGUGGUGCCAGCACAUGUAAAGAUCAAGAGAGCAACGAUGAGGUGUUCAUAUCAAUACAGGCCUUCCCAGCCCUGGUGGAUGUUACUCAGUCAUGUGAGGUCAGCAAGAUCAGCUGUGGGUCGCGUCACACUGCGGCAGCCACAAGUACAGGUGAUCUCUACACCUGGGGCUGGGGUGAAUACGGCCAGCUGGGACAGGGGACUGUGAACAGUUCAGACGAGCCAAGACGGGUAGAGUUUUUCAAGGACCAGGGGCUGCGUGUGGUGGAUGUAGUGUGUGGACCAUGGAACACUUUUGUUUCUGCUAUCAAAGAGGACACCUCUCUCCAUCCUGACACAAAUAUCCUUAUUCCUCUGUAACCAAGGACUACAUAGAAUGGAAAAACUGCCUGUAGGAGUGGAGCACUAAGGACGGGGCACAGAUUGAUUGACUAGCUGUUUGUUUCAGACAAAGUAAAGUUAGUGACUAAGACUUGAUUACUUUUAUUCUAGCUAUUUAUAGAUUUUAAAAAGUUUUACAGUUAAGAGAGCACUGACAUGAUGUAGAAAUACAUUUUCAAACUGUAAAUAUUAAUCUACACAGACCAAUAUAAUUUAGGCUGUGGAUCAAACCUUUCCCCCCUGGAAAAAUUAUUCUCUACUUUAUGCACGCUCUGAGAGAACAGGCUACUCUGGCUAAUGGUGCUUGUUUAAUCAAGUUUGAUCAAAGCCUGCAAGAUCACAAUGAUAGUAUUCUACAAAACAACCGAAUAUAAUAGUAUGACAUUACUGUCAGACAAAAAAAACUAAUUUUUCCAUGUGGCCACUAGGCAAAAACACAGCCUAAACUAUGCUACAGUUUAACAUCUGCUCUAAAAUUGGCUCACUAGCCCAUCAUUUGAAACAAUAAUAACACGAAGCUAUAAAUGUAUAUCCCAUGAAACUGAUGAGAUCAAAUGGUUGGUAUGCAGAUGCUGUAUGGACGUUUAACCGGUAAAAACUUGAAGAAUUAUCAGAGCUCACCAGCUUGUAGUCCUAAAACCCAGGAAAUUAGUUACCUUUGGUUCGUUCAGCCAACCCUAUGUGAAAAAUGAAUGGGGAAAGAAUAGGGUUUUGGAAUAAAUGACGAAAAUAAGGUCUGAGGUUAACACAGGCUGAGGAGAUCUUGUUUUGUUCUAUUAGAUAAUACCAGUCAGUUAACAUGACGUUUAUGAAUUAAGCCUUUGUGCUAUGUUUUUUUUAAAAUAGAUUAUAUGAAUUCUUCAAAAUUCAAGAAAGUGAUGUUAGCUGAUAAAGAUUCUCAGAACCAAAAAAAUCUCUUAAGCCCGUGUUUACCUAAACUUAUUUUUGCCGUUUAACCAAAAACACCAUUCAUUUCCCCUCCAACGAACCAUGGUGGAGUUUGUGCCUACAAAAAAAAAUCCAUUAUCUCUUUAUCAUUCACGAUUCACAAUGAGAAAUGUGAAAGGAAAGAGACAACGCAAAUGUAUGCGUCAAGUAGAGGUAAAAACAUGCGCAGUGUGUGAUUCUCACACGCCCAGAAGCUUAGGAACCUUUAGUCUGGGGGGGAAAGCCACUCUGUAUAAUUUAAGGCAAAUUCUCAGUUACUGGUAUUACAAUGAAAAAAUAGAAGAGGUCCUCUUAGUAUGAAUAGAACAGAAUCCAAAGCAUCCAUAUCCUGGUGUGUUUUCUGUAGACUUCACAGCACAAUCUUAAAAGAACUGAAGAACAAUGUGGAAUAUUAGAGGGGGGUACAUAGUUAAAAUGUAGCGAUUAUGGAGAGAUAUUCUAAUCAGAUUUCAACUCACCUGACGAAAUCUGGUGACCUCGAGAUAACAUGUUGGAACUCUGACAGAUUUACUGUCCCAUCUUUGUCUAUAUCUGACUCUUCAAGAAUCUGUAAAAUUGAAAAGUAAAUAAGUAGUUGCUUUACCCUUGGAUAUUGCAGACGGAGACUUGAAAUCAUACAAAGCAGACCUGACUAACAUACACAGCAGUUCUUCCUUGAGGUAGGCUCACAUUGGGAAGAACCAAUAGUGGCCUUAAUCUGUAAACUUACAUUGCUGAUGAGCUGCCUCAUCUCUUCAGGUGUAAGCCUUGUGUCUUCAGUCUCACCAGUCAAACAGUUCACCAGCUUCUCCAGGUCCCCACCAUCCAGAGUACCAUCGUCAUCAAAGUC